GAAACAAUACUUCAUGUGGCCACACUUUGAGAAUUCAUAAUUUAUCUCAUCUCAUCUCAUAUUCUCUCUGCAACAACCAAAACAACCAUGGCAGCAGCUUAUGCAGCUCUUGUUUCUGCUAUGAAUAUCAUAAACAACCUUCACCAUCAUCCCCGUCCACCUGUUUCUCUCCCCAUUAAACAAGUUGAAUACCUCACUCAAAAAAUCAGUUUCCUGCUGGAAUUUCUCGAGGGGUAUAACCCCCAUCGUGGCUACUCCAAAGAAGCGGAUCCAUUGGAGUCUCGCAUUGCAGAUGCAGCUUAUGCGGCCGAAUACGCCAUUGAAUCUCAUAUUUUGAAUAAUGGAGAAAAUAUGAGUUAUCUAUCAAUAAGAAAAAUUAAAAAAAAAUUAAAAAAAAUUGUUUAUGGUGGCCUUUAUGAAGCUCUGGAGAAGGUGAUAGAAGACAUGGCUUCUAUCGAAGAGGAGGCCAAGCAAAUUCAAGAGAGAGUUGGAGUCCAACAUCAGCUGCACACAAAGUCAACGCCUUCGGAUUCCUCGAGAUCUUCGAUUCCGCAGCAGAGUAUCAUGGUGGGUGCUGAGGAUGUCAAGCUUCAAAUGAUGGAUAAGCUCACUUCUGAUCUCCUUCAUCUACAGAUCAUUCCCGUUGUAGGGAUGGGCGGCUCGGGUAAGACCACUCUUGCUAGAACUGUUUAUGAAGAACGUCUUAUUAAGGAGCAUUUUGAUAUUUGUGCGUGGGCUACCAUCUCUCAAGAAUAUGCCAUUAGAGAAAUUUUUGCAGCUGUUCUUCGUCAGAUUAAUAUAGCACUUGAUGACGAUUUGAAUGAUGAUGAAUUAGGAGAAAUGUUGUAUAAACAUCUUUAUGGAAGAAGAUACUUAAUUAUAAUGGAUGAUAUGUGGAGCAUUGAUGCAUGGGAUAGAGUUAGAAAUUAUUUUCCAAAUAACGAAAAUGGUAGCAGAAUAGUGGUAACAACUAGGCUAUCAGAUUUGGCUUCUACAUUACCCAACUCUGAUAGCCUUGGGAUGAAACUUUUGGAUGAUGAUGAAAGUUGGCAGCUUCUCUCCAAAACUGUGUUUGGGGAAGAAGGUUGCCCUCUUGAAUUGGAGGAAAUCGGAAAAAAGAUUGGAAAAACCUGCAAAGGACUUCCAUUGUCGAUUGUUGUGGUGGGAGGCCUUUUGGCCAAGUCCAAACAUGAAAAAGAGUUUUGGAAAUACAUAGGGGAAAACUUUAAUGAUGCAAGUGUUAAUUUAGAGGAUGAUGAACGUUGCUUGAAAAUAUUAUACAUGAGUUACAAGCACUUGCCAAUACAUUUGAAACCAUGUUUUCUCUAUAUGGGAGUUUUCCCUGAAGAUAAGAAGAUUUUUAUCUCAGAGCUCAUUAAAUAUUGGGUUGUGGAAGGAUUUGUGAAAGCAGUAAGUGGGAAAAGCUUGGAAGAGAUAGCAAAAGAGUAUUUAAAAGACCUUAUUAGUAGAAAUCUUGUUUUAAGUCAUGAGUUGGAUAAUAUUGGAAACAUAAAAAAGUGUAAAAUUCAUGACUUGUUGAGAGACUUGUGUUUGAGAGAAGCUCAAAAAGAAAGGUUUUAUUAUACCGCGUUAGAUAAUGUAGCCAUAAGAGUCUUGCCACCUAUGUCACAAGCUCGUUCUUUGACGUGGAAUGUUCAAAAAAUACAAUCACCUCUCAAUGCGAGCUUGUUGAGGAUAGUGAAAACAACUGGAGUUGAAUGGUUAAAAAAUGAUUUAUUUGGACACACGAAUCAAUUUGUUAACUCACGGUUCGUUCAAAUAAGUUCUUACGGAAAAAGAUUGAGGAAUUAUCCUUGUUCAAUAUGGCGAUUUUGGAAUCUACAAACAUUAAUUGUUGACACCAGCGAUGAGGUUACUGCGCCAACUGAUUUUUGGUACAUGCCUCACAUCAGGCAUGUUGAGUUCGACAACGGUCUUCGUCUCCCAGAUCCUCCUAACGAUCGAGACGACAUUGUCUUGGGAAAUCUGCAAAGUUUGGGGAAAGGAUUAGAUUUCAAGUGUAGCAAACAAGUGGUCAAAAAAAUUCCCAAUAUAAAAAAAUUGGUUUUUUCUAAUUGGGGAGAGCUUGAUGAUGAGAUGUAUUGUUUGAGCAAUCUCGAUUGUCUAACUAAACUUGAGUCCUUGCAUUGCGAGAUUUCUGGAAAGUAUGUCAUCAACUUUCCCCAUUCGCUCAAGAGUUUAGUUCUUCGUAACAACAUAUUGAGUUCGUGGCAAGACAUAUUGGAUAAGGUAGGUGUGUUGCCCCAUCUUCAGAAGCUCACACUCUGGUUGGGGAGUUUCAACGAAGGGAAGUGGGAAACAAGUGAAGGCCAAUUCCGCAGCCUCAAAUUCUUGACUCUUGAGUAUAGUAAUCUAGAAAUAUGGGAAAUUGAAAGCUCCCACUUUCCAUGCCUUGAGUGCCUUCAUCUUGAUGGACUAAAUGAGUUGCGGGAAAUCCCUUUAGAUUUCGCAGAGAUAGCCACACUUAGAGAAAUUGUUGUGGAAGGUUGCAGUGAUUCGGCAGUGGUUUCUGCAAAACGAAUAUCAGAGGAACACGAGGACUAUUACGGGGAAGGAGCCCUUCAGGUUCGCGUUGUCCUGUGGAGUAAUAACGAAGCAGGACUAGAGAGCUUAGAUGGUCCUAACUUUUGUGUUGAACGUUAAUGAGAAUCACUACUACUAAGUGCAGGUAGUGUGUGGGGAAAGCGCACAUCACAGCACAGAAUGAAUCCAUUGAUGCCAUUACUGAAAAACAAGUUGGAGAUAAAGAGAAUGACACAUGUAUGGGCCGAGUUGGACGCUGCAGCUCUUGUUUCACUCUUCAGGUAGGAAUGGAUCAGCUCAAACAAGACACACAGUUACCGGGAUUCGGCUUAUUCUGUGUGGUAUACAGGCCCGAUUUACUCACAUCCAUCGAGAGGGCAACCUCCCGGCAGAUUUUAUGGCUCGCCAUAGACACGAUGUCUUAGUAAUUUCUUGUUCGAUGUUUCCAUUGCUCCUAGGUUUUUGAGCUUCUUAGUUUGUUUUACUUCCGACAUCUUACUAUAUUUGAUGAUAGGAUUAUGAUUCUCUCGAAGAAACUAACGAUCGUGAAUGAAGUUCAUGCGACACUCCUUACCUUGGAAAGGUACAUAUUCAGUUCUUUUUAUGAUUCACAACACACUCAUAUGUACGUAACAGCUGCAGCAUAGUAGAUUCUUUUGUUUCAGCAAAGUAGAUUCUCGAGUGAUGACGAAGCAUGACUGGAGAGCUUGGAUAGUCGUGACCUUCGUGUUAGACGUAUCUGAGAAUCACUGCUACUAAGGUAGUGUGUGGGGAAAGCGCACAACAUAGAAUGAAUCCAUUCAUGAAUUGCACCAUUUUUCAUUACUCAGCUGUAUUAUUUCUUGCUUAUCUCUUUCAAAGAAAGAUGACUAAAUUAUGAUAGAGGUGUAUAUAAAAGUUUUGAAUACUUGGUAAUGUUAGGUUGCUUUAAAUACAUAUGGAAUUGGGAUUAACAUGAUUUGCUUUAUU